AUGGCCCGCAUGAUUACACGACCUUUCUUUAAAGCUUCACCGCCUGCGAGGCAGAGAAACGAGCUACGAACGAUAAGCCUAUACUCUCAAUUAAAUAGUAAAGUGUAUUUUAUUAAGCCUAAAUACUCUGCUGAAACCGAAAUUAAUAUGAGCGGGAUAUUUAAUAAAUAUUACUAUACCGAUAUAAAAAUUAGGGACUGGAAGACAACUAUCCAGAAUCUCAAGCUCAAAAUAACAUAA